AUGGCAAUCCAAACGGAAAAUAAGAAUUCGAAGAAGAAAUCCAAAGUUACUGCUAAAAAGAACAAGGAGAAAGUUUCUAAUAAAAUCAAAGAAGCUAUCAAUUCCAGCGACGAUGAAUUUGUCUGUAGUCAAGAAACAGUGAAGAGAAGUAUAAAAUAUUAUUUGCAGAAUACAACACUACAUGGUUUAAAGUAUAUUGCCGAGGAUAAGAUUACAAUUACAGAAAGAAUUUUUUUCGGUUUAUCGUUUUUACUGGUAGUCUUACUAUCCGGGUUCUUUAUAUCGAAUGUAUAUGUUAAGUGGUCAGCUUCACCAAUUAUUAUAUCGACAAGUGCUAAGCAAACUAUGGCAACUAAAAUACCAUUCCCAGCAAUCACGAUUUGUAAUCUAAAUUUGGCUUUGAAGAGUAAAGUAAAAACAAUACCAAAACGGAGCGCAAACUAUUCCUUGCUGAUGAGUUUAUGUGAUCAAGGAGAUGAUUUGCAAGUUACAUUCAAAGGCACUUGGAAGAAUUUUAGAGCAGUAUUAAUAGAUGUAGCACAACCCUGUGAACAAAUGUUGCUAUAUUGUAGUUUUGGUGCUAAAAAUGAAAAUUGUUCAUUAAUUUUUAAUUCCUUACUUACUGACGAUGGUCUUUGUUGUACUUUUAAUGCAUUAGAUCCUGUGUUUAUGUUAAGAAACGACAAUGAAAGUCGCAUAUCCCCAGAAGUAAAUGAUAACUAUACCGCAAUACCAUGGACAGCCGAAAAAGGCUAUGACGGUAACUUGCCAGAUCGUUAUUAUCCAAGAACUUCUGGUGGCACAGGUAAACGCAUGGGUCUAACAGUUGUCCUAAACGCAUCUUCUUCGGAAUAUUAUUGCAGCAAAUCUAAAAGUCAUGGUUUUAAAGUUCUAGUGCAUAAUCCAGCUGAGCUACCUAAAAUAAGCAAUUACGGUUUCUUGGUAACAGCUGGACGUGAGACACGCAUACCCAUUCAGCCAAUAUAUGAAGAUGCUAUACCAAGCAUACGUAGCAUCAAAAAACAAGUACGCCGAUGUUUGUUUUCGGAUGAAGGAGAUCUCAUCUACUUCAAGACAUAUUCACGUAAAAACUGUGAACUGGAAUGUGAAGCUAAAAUACUUAUACGUGAAUGUGAUUGUAUGCUAUAUUAUUUACCACUAUUAAAUUCUUCAGUAAAUAUAUGUGGACCGAAAGAUAAUACUUGCACAAAUCGUAUACAAGCGGCUAUUGAAUCUACUGAUAAUAAUAUAUCAUGUGCGUCAUGUUUGCCAGCUUGCUUUGAGUUAAGCUAUAGAGUUACACUUACUUCUACUAAGAUGACAGAUGCAGAAUUUCUUUGUACUGAUGAGUAUCCUUCUGAAAUACUGAAUGUAAGCAACAAAGAUAUUGGUGAUCUAUCAAUUUUGAAUUUUUAUUAUACUUCAAAUGCUAUUCGCAGCACUACUAAGUCAGAGAUGUUUGGAUUUACAGAGUUCCUAUCGAAUACUGGUGGUUUGUUGGGUUUAUUUAUGGGUUUCAGCAUUUUCUCCUUAAUAGAAUUGGUUUAUUAUGUGACUGUGCGACCCUAUUGUGCUUUACGUACCAUGGAUAUUUCACGUCGUAGAAAACGAUUAAAACAUACGGUUAAUUGA